AUGCUGCUCUCCCUGCUCUUCCCCCGAGUGAGCCCAAGGCCCCUUGGAUGCCUGGUCCGGGACUUGCACCGUUGCAGAUGGGGGUUGCAUGGGCAGAAGAGGACUGGUUGUCCCCGCAGGGGUCUGCAAACUGCACGGGCAGCCUACAGCAGUGACGUUACCCCUGUCUUCACCAGGGCUUUGGCUUUUGGUGAUAAAAUCGCCAUUAUUGACCAAAACGGUGAGCACACUUACAGGGACCUUCUCAGCCAGAGUCUGCGCUUGUCCCAGGAGAUCUGUAGAGCUCUGGAGUGCUCCAGCAGGGACUUGAAGGAGGAGAGGAUCUCAUUUUUGUGUCCUAAUGACGCCUCGUAUGUGGUGGCCCAGUGGGCUUCCUGGAUGAGCGGGGGCAUAGCAGUGCCCCUUUACAAGAAACACCCUGUGCAGGAGCUGGAGUACGUGAUUCAGGAUUCACAGAGCGCUCUGGUCAUCGCAGCAGAGGAAUACAUGGGGAAAAUAGCCCCUAGCGCUGAGAAGCUGGGAGUCCCGGUUCUGCCACUUCCUAGGUCUUGCAGUGAUGGGUCUGCAAGUCAUACAGCAGUGGAAGAAAGUGCCUUGACAACCUGCUCCUCGUGGAAAGACAGAGGAGCCAUGAUCAUCUACACUAGCGGGACGACAGGCAGACCGAAAGGUGUCCUCAGCACCCAUGCGAACGUGCAAGCUGUGACCACAGGGCUGGUUGAGAAAUGGGAGUGGAAGAAGGAGGAUGUCAUUCUGCAUGUGCUUCCUCUGCAUCAUGUCCAUGGGGUGAUCAAUAAGCUCCUCUGUCCUCUCUGGGUGGGAGCAACGUGCAUCAUGUUACCAGAAUUCGACGCACAGAUGGUCUGGAAGAAGUUCCUAAGCUCUGAAGCUCCCCGGAUCAGUGUCUUCAUGGCAGUGCCCACAAUCUAUGCCAAGCUGAUCGAGUAUUAUGACAAGCAUUUCUCUCAGCCGCAAGUGCAGGAUUUCGUGCGUGCCUUUUGCCAGGAGAACAUCAGGUUAAUGGUGUCAGGCUCCGCAGCCCUGCCUGUGCCUGUCCUGGAGAAGUGGAAGAGCAUCACUGGGCACACACUGCUGGAGAGGUAUGGGAUGACUGAGAUCGGGAUGGCGCUUUCUAACCCUUUGCAUGGAGUCCGUGUCCCAGGUUCUGUGGGGACCCCACUUCCGGGGGUGAAAGUGCGCAUUGCCACGGAGACCGUGAAAACCGGAGGUCGUUCCUACACCGUCCAUGCCCAGGGAGAUGAAGACCAUACACAGGUGACACCCGGUCUGGAGGGACAAGAAGGGGAGCUGCUGGUGAAGGGAGCCUCCGUCUUCCGCGAGUACUGGAACAGACCCCGAGAAACAGCAGACGCCUUCACGCCCGAUGGCUGGUUCAAAACAGGUACUGCCACAGC